CGCAACGAAUCAUCCAUCGAUCCAAACAAUCGACAAUACACUGCACACACAUGGCUGCUACCUCUGCCGUCCGAGAGUAGGUUGCCUUACCGUACGCAACAACGACCAUGUCGUCCACGAGACAGACCAAACGCAAAAGAUCCAAGGCCGGAUCCCCCGCUCCCUCCCGGGCAGCGGAAGCGCCCGCAACACAAGCUAGAGAAACAGCCACCGCGACGGCACCGGCUGUGCCGAAACCAGCCGCAGCGACGGCGCCAGCAACAACAGCAACAGCAACGGCAACAGGAGCAACGGCAACACCGAACGGAUCCAAAAUGCCGGAACCCCGAUCCGCCGAGAAGCGAAAAGGGACCGGCUCCCCGCCAAACGAAGCUGUGUCAGGGUCCGAAACCGCAGCAGAAGCAGCAGCAACAGCAGACGGCUCCUCGUCCAGCCAGGACGGAACAUCGACCCGGAGGCAGGCGCUGCACAUUGCCAACGAGGCCACCGGAAGCGACGAGACCAACGGAAGCAGCGACGGCCUGGGGGAACUGCAGAGGCUGAGGGACCUGGCCUCGCACCGGAAGAUGCUCCUGCGACGCGUCAGGGCCUGCAGGAAGUCUGCGGAGAAGCGCAUCGGGGACAGAACAAACACUGCCAGGGGGGACAACAAGAACAGCAGCAGCAUCACUAGCAGCAACACCAGCAGCAACAGCAUCACCAACAACGCCAGCGGCGGUUCAAAGGACACAGAGCAGCCACUAGGCGAUCCGAAAGCCUCCGCUGCCGCCUCGGACGACCGGGAAAUCGCCGCCUUUCGGGCGAUGACCGAGGAAGCGGAAAGGGCCGACAAGAAGGCCAGGGAAAAGGACGGCGGGACGAAAAAGAGGACCUCCCUUUCCCUGCGGCGGGGAUCCCACGUGGGGAAGCGGAUGAACUCGGCGCUCUCCUCGCUGGCCCCCGGCUCCCUGGCGGCCACGGCGGCGGGGGUGGGAAGCGGAACCGGGACGGAACCACCUUGCACGGAGGCCGCCGCGAGGGCGAGGGCAAGCACCCCCAAGGCCGCGGGCCCAGCGGCCGUCUCCAGGGCCCCCCACCCUUCCUCCGGGACCGCACCGCCCCCCACCAAGGCGGCCGCCCCGAAACCGGUGGGCCGGCCCCCUUCCUCGGUUUCGAGGACUUCCUGGGCCACCGCAAGGGUGGCCCAGGCGGGACCCCCCCGGUCCUCGGGGAAGCCGGGCAGCGGCAACGGGAGGCCCGAUGCCCCGGCGAGGGGCCGGCCCCCGGGCACCAAGGCCCCCAGGGCCUCGAACAAGUCGGCGGUUCCCGCGGGCCAGGCCCACUCGCUGGCGGCCCGAAAGGCCGCCCCCGUUCCGCGGGCGGGGGGAUCCGGCCUCGGCCCCCACGCCUCCUCCAAAAAACAACAGCAGCAACAGCAGCAGCAGCAACAACAACAACAGCCGCAGGCGCCGAGGGUGGACUUUCCCGAGGCCAUUGCCCUCCGCGAGAAGCGGGACCGGAUCGAGCGGAGGCUGCGGUCCGUGCUGCUGGAGCAGCAGCGCACGCAGCGACAGCCGCAGGCCCCCUUUGGCCGCUUUGGGUCCCUGCGGGGCAGCGAGGCCCUUCCGCCCCAAACGUCCGUCCUCGACGACGAGGCUUCCCGGCGCAAGGCCCUCCCCAUGGCAGGAAUGACAAAGCAAGCCCCCAAGCCCGCCAAGGCCGUUGGGAGCCUCCACAACUGUACAAAGAACAACAAAKGCAUCGCCGCUGGGAACACGAUCGGUGGCACAACCACCGGAAGCGGGAGUUGCGCCCAUUCGAUCCUUGGCCUGGAGAUCCCUCCCCCGGUGCAGCUGCCGGCGAGGCGGAAAACCCACUGGGACACGGUGCUGCAGGAAAUGUCCUGGCUGGCCUCGGAUUUCAUGGAGGAACGAAAGUGGAAGCUCUCCGCCGCCCGCCUCCUGGCGUCGAGGGUUCCUUCCAGCGGACCGUCCGCUGGCGACCGGCGAAAGAGGCCGCUGCCGGACGGAAGGGGGGCCGCCGAAACCUCCGCUUCCACCCCGAUGGAGAUCGAUGCGGCGGCCGGGAACGAAAGGGGAGACGGCAUGGAAAGCGGCGAACCACACGCCCCCGGAGAAGAACCCCCGCCCGAAACGGGCAGGGAUUCCAAGCGGGCCUACAGGGACCCCACGCAGGGGGAUCGGGAGGCUUCCCGGUCCGCGGGCAAGCUGCUCUCGUGCAUGGUUUCGGGACUGGGCCGCGCCCUGGCCGAGGGGGGAUCCCUCGGGGCCUCCGACUCGCACCAGCACGCCGCCCUGGAGCGGUACUUCCGUUCCCGGUCCGAGAUCCUCGGGGAAGCCCACCCCUCGGUCGCAACCGCAGGGGCAACCGCAAGCGCAACCGCGGGGGAUGCCUCUUGCGGAAAGGGGGCGGGGGCAGCGGAGAAAAAACCCGAAACCGGCCGGGCCGACACUUCGAGCUCUGGUGGCGAAGCAGACCCAUCCACCGUCGACGAGUGGCUGGACCACUGCCACUCCCUCGGCGGGUCGAGGCACAAGAUUUCCGCAAAGGAAACCUCGAGGGCCCUCUCGUCCGGCAAGACCAAGCUGGGCACAAAGCAAAGGGAAAUGCUCGAGUUUGUCGACAAGCUGUGGUCCGGGACUCCUUGCGCGGGGGCCCUGGUCACCGGCCCGUCGGUCUCGGGGAAGACCUUUGUUUCCGCCACCCUGGUCUGGAAGCAGCGAUCGAACGGGUUCCAGGUCGUGGUAUGCCCCUCGGGCAGCCUGGUGCGUUUCGUGCGAAUCUUUUGUCGUUUUUGUGUGGAAACAGCUUGUGUGAAACCAACCGCUCGUGUGGCGUUGUGUGUGCGUGUGUGUAUAGUAUAUGCAUUCCAUUCAGAAUCUUAUUCCUCACCACGCAUCUUGUUUUCCGUUUGUUUGUUGCCAUGUUUGCAUCCGCACGCGUUUCGUUUCGUUUCUUUCCAACUCUUAGAUUCGCUGGAAGCACGAGUUGAACCGGUUUUCGAACCUUCGUGUUCUCACAUUCGGCUUGACCGGGGGCAUCAGCAAUCCCAGUGGCGAGAGCAACGUCGAAACAAUCGAAUCGGGGGACGUGAUUCUUUGCGAGUACGGCUCGGUUCACCCGAUGAAGAAUGCUCUGUACAAAAUGGGCUCGUCUCCCUUCUCGGUAGUGGUGGACCUCCGCCACUUUUUUGGCCUCCGCAGGUCGCUCGGAGGAAAGGCGUCCGCGGGGAGAGACAUCAACGAUUUCCCGUCCGAAAUCAAAUCGAGGAGCUGGUGGGGAGACGUGGUUGCCCUGGUCGAGAAACGGGACACGCGGUGCCUUCUUCUCGAAUACCAGGACGACGGGGACCCGCUCUCUCUGUCGGAAUGCGGCAUCGGGGAAAAAGAGCAGAUUGGCAUUCUGGCACAGAGAGCGGCGUGCAUCAUAGGACCGGCGGCGUUUGCCUCCGCGUCGCAUUCCGUGCAGCGAGAGGCCAUCGCAUGGGCCCGCAAGAAAGGAAAGAAGGACAUCACCGACAAAUUGUUGCGCGUGAGGAAGGUCCUGGGCGAUGCCAUCGAUCCGAUGUGUUUCCAUCUGGCAAAACCAAUCGUUUCCCCCAUGGAUUCUAAGUGGGAGCUCCGCCGGUGCGGGAUGACCACCUCUCAGCGCGAGGAAUACGACAGGUGUUGUUUGGAGGUUCGGGGGGCUCUGGCUUCGACGCUGUGCGGAGAAUCGGAUUCCGAUACGCGCGGCUACUCCUCUUUCGUGGUAUCGAGCGCUCUUUUUAGUUUGAGACAACACUGUUUCUACUCUCCGAAGCUUGCGAUCCGACCACACUCUGCGUUGUACGACAAAGCUGGCAGGAUUCCUCGUGUGCGCGACGGACUCUUCUCGGCUUCGGGCGCCGGGGGAACGAGCUCCGUUGUCAAUGUGUCCCAGCCGGACGCCUACAACGCUCUGUCGAUUCUCAACAGCUCCACCAAACUGCAGCAGCUUGUUUCGAUCCUAGUGAUUGAAGGGGAACAUCACAUCCAGAUUCAAGGAAACGCCGAUGAGAUGUUUUUCAAGAUGGGGAUGAUACCCACACCAUUAUGGGCUAAAAACAGGAAAGAUGCGAAGGAAGCCAAAAAAGUUGUGAUCCUAGCAGCUCUCCCGGGCAUUCAACACGUAGUCUCUGCGCUAUUGGAUUCGUUGGGGAUUCAAAACGAAUUGUUGGGCAUGCCUGGCAUGUCUGUAAACCACAGCGACUGCGACGAGACCAAAUUCUCGAAUCCGGACAAUUGCACGAAACAACGCAACGCCAUUGCAUGGGCCAAGUCCCAAACUAUCUUGUCUGCGUUUGUAGGUGAGAAUGGUCGUAGAAAGACAGAUGUGAUCAUUGCAGCACCGGCUGCGUUUUCUGGAGCAAACGACGGCGCCGGGGUUGAAGGUGCCGACAUGAUUAUAUCAUUGGACACCGAUUGGUCGAGGAGAGACGAUUUCAUAAUCGACACCUUGGUCAGACGGCUGUGCGCGAGAAAUAAGUUUUCUGGCAAAGACGAUACAUUGAUCAGACUCGUUUGUGCCGAUUCGGUCGAGGAACAAGUAUUUUUUGACGUUGACGGCGAAAACGAAGCGUGCGAUUGGCCUUUGGAUACCAACGGGUUCUUUACUUUGCCUGACUCUGAGGAAGAAAUCUUGCGAUGUUACAAAGACCCAACGAAAGGAAAUACUUCGCCCUUUCCUGCUACAGGGAUAUUGCGAAAACGAGGCGAUUUGCUUGAAAACGUCCUCCAGUCGUCCGGCAGCCUUCCAUCUUUUUUCGGAUCUGUCGCAAAGUUUCUGCCGAAACGUAUUCCAGUCAACGGCUACAAAGGAAUGGCCGAUGCGGAAACGAUUGGCGAACUUCAGUUUCUGAGAUAUUUUUUGCGGAGCGAAGAAAGAGGUGCGGUCCCCGUGGUUGCGUCAACCACGGUAGCAAAGCGAAUGGUAACUUCAGAAAUUAUACCGGUUGGGUUGACGAGUCGACAAGAUUUGCCGGUGAUCGAGUCACGGUUGUUUUUGGAGAAAUGCCUCCAUGCCAAUACACUCUUAGGAAGCAGCGCCGAAGACAACUCUUCUCUUCACGUACAGCAGCCCCACGUUUCAUUGUUGGCUGGUGGUCAAGCCGCAGAAGAAUCGUUCGUACCCAAGAUUGACGAGAAUCCAUCUGCCUUGCUUUUCUAUGAACCCGGGCCUGGCUCGCCAAAGAACACCAACAAGGCUUCUCAGGGGCGGUACAAUGCCUUUGCGAAAGUGUUCAGCAAAAGUUGGAACGGAGUUUCGGUUAGAGAUGGAAAUCAAGGUUGCGAACCACUCGUCUUUUUUCCUCCUCUGUUUCCAUUGCUGGAAGAAUCGUCGAAGAAAGCAAGAAUCGAGUAUUUAUCGACUCCAAAGGCGAAUGAAAUUGGGUUGAACAACAAUGAAGAAAACAGUACCGCUCUGAAGAGAAAGGACCGUGAUUUCGAAACGACCGAGAACGAUGUCAAAGGCGAUAGAAAACGACCAAAGACACAGUCUUCAGCAGCGCACAUCACAAAUGGGCACGCAGAUGUGGUUUCUUCUAGUGGCAUCUUUGUAAAAGAAUCAUCGGCAGAACCUAAAACCAGCGCAGUUGACCAAUUGGAAAAGAAAAAUAAGAACGCUGAUUUGACCAAGAACAAAAAGGAAUUUAAAGACAGUGGGGCAAAGGAUUCGCGUUUCAUUUUGCCUGAAGAUGAUUUUGGAUUGCUAGGCACCGGGGCCUUCGCAAGACCGAUUGAUAUUGUUUCGUCUUCAGCUCGUGAUCCACGACCUAAUUGCUCUUCUCUAUCACAUAGCAAUGAAUACGAUUGCGUUUCAUACCAAAUGCCUUGCGACGCUGAAGAAGCUAACAAAUCAGCCAUGGACGUGAUGGAUGAAGGUAUGAACUCGGUGAUUCUUUUCGUCAAGAAACGACCACGGUCUUCGCAAUCCCCAUAUAAGAAUGGUCAAGGACUAUCCAAUAUAACUCCCUUGUCAAUUAAUAGUAGAAUUACAGGGGAUGAAUCAGGGAAGAAAAUGAGGAAAAAGGGAUCUCAAGGAAAUGCAAUUUCGACUCCGACUGCUUUCACAAGACUUCCUACCAAAGCAUCUAGCGCCAACAAUCAAAUGUUAUCUAGAGUUUCAUCAACAGCCUCAAAGCAGGUGAAAGGCGACUUCCGUCACAGACUACUUGCUUCAUUGAAAGCAACAGGUGUAACACUAUUUGAUUCGAUUCCAUACAAAAAAGCAGGGUUGCGAGUAGAAGAAAGGAUAUCAAAACGCCUGGAAAUAUUGAUGUGGAAAUCUACUCUUGCUAUGGAUUUAGGACCUGGUUUACCAAUACAACUCGCAGAGAAGUUAUAUUCCAUCGACAAAGACCAGAACAACGGUCUUGACGGCUGGGCUAGCAUUAUACAACAGCCGAAGGAUGGAGCAAGUACAGGUGACCUUGCAAUAUCGCAGUCAAGUAUGCAAAGACAGGCGUUCAAAAGAUCUCUGGUAUCGCCUCGAUGCGUUGACUUCGGUGUGUUUGAGGUCGGGUAUUUGGGUUCGCCAUCAGGAAUGACAGCUAUAUCUGCAGCACAUUCUCGCGUUGGAGUAUCUUUGCCUAUGGGCGUAAAGGUUAUGCAGCCAACUGAAGAUCAGAUAAAGCAUUCAACAUGGAAGGUUGGGGAUGAUAAAAUCCUCCAACAUACGGCCAACAAAUUCGGAAUGAAUUGGUUGCUUGUUGCUAGCGCAAUGAGCGGUUUCGAACGUGCAAUUAUCAAUACAAAUUCUUCCGGUGAAGACCAAAUUGUACCCUCGAUCCCAAAGUCUGCGCGACAAUGUCGUGAUCGGUGGCAACUUCUUGUAAAGCGCCAACCUUCACUCGCAAACGAAGUUAGACGGAAGGAAGUUCUUUUCCAUCAACGCGCUUUGUCACGAUUCUGGGCAGUUGAGAGGUUUGAUGAUUUGAAUAAGGUAGAAACUCAAAUGCUCUCGACACAGGGUGUGAGCGUGUUUUGUAAAUCUUCCGAUUUUCUAAAUCCAACUGAGACGAUUCAAUCCAUAGCAGAUACAGAUAUGUCUGGUGUCGAUCAGCAAAAAGAUUUAGCAAAAGUUUCGAGUGAUGUUCCAACAAAGUCCAGCUCGAUCGAUUCUCCAAGAAGUACAGUUGACAAGAAAGAUGACGAGAUUCCUAAUAAAGACAUAACUGGUCAUGUUUUACAAGACGUUGGAAUGACUGAUGCUUUUCCACCAAAGAAAAGUGAGCCAAAAAGACGAACAUUUUCGGCAAUCAAGAUGGCCAGAUCAAGAAGACAGGUAUUUCCAAUCACCAUUCCUGGUAUCGACAUGGGUGGGAACCAAGCCGGCCACCCUGUCCCAUCUCAUCCAUCCCACAUGCAGUCCGUUCAGAUGUCUGUCACCGCCCAUCUCGCGAGUGGAAGAACUGAAAUGUGGCCUCUUCAAAUAUUGGAUCUCGCGGAUAGACAAAGAAGCAAUGCUGCACGUGCAAUGCAUCCAACUGCUCAUAGCAACCAUCCCCGUCACCACCAAUCUGGUCCAUCCUAUCAGCAUAGACCACAACAUCCCUCGAAGUCUGGGGCUGUUCGAACUUCUGUUGGAUAUUCUCCUGGACUAGCAAAUAAUGUGGUCUCAAGGUCGGUGAAUCCUUCUGUGCCGCCACGGCACCAGCAUCGAAGUCCCUCGGUAGCGGCAGUAACUGCACAAGCAUAUGUUCCGCCACAAACCAACUCCAAUAUGACGGCAAAAAAGAAUGAUAACAAGAAGCUAUCAAGCAAAGCUAACCCCAAGAAUGGGUAAGAAAAUUGUUAGACUUGUCCUUUCUUUUUUGCUUCGAGUCAUCGAAAUCAUGAAUGAAACAGAUUCCGCUAAUGUAAAUAAUAAUGUAAGAAGAGUAAUAGAGAUAAACAGAUAUU